AUGGCUAAAGCAGCGCUCCUCGUGGGCGCUCUGCUGGCCCUUGUCAUGUGCCUGGCGGCGACGGCCGUCUCGGCGCAGCGGUCGGUGGAGUGCCAGAUGGUGUGGACAGGCGCGUCCUCUAACAACAGCCUGUUGGCCUGCCUGGGGAACAAGGGCCGCAUCCAGUCUCAGUGGGCCUUCUACCUGUAUCCCGGCUUCGCUGCCCUCAUCUUUAUCUUUACGCUCAUUGUGCUGCCAAUCGUGUUCUGCUGCGGCUGCUGCAAGGCGUCUGCGACGCCGGAGGAGAUGAAGGACAUCGGCGUUGCUCGCUGCUACCUGUGGAUGUGGAUCGCGAUUUCGGUGCUUAUGGCGUGCGGCGUGUGCGUGCUGCUGGUGUACGGCGCCGUCUUACUGGGGCAGACCGCCAACCAAAUCGUCAGUGACGUCGAGAACCGCACGCUGGAUUACUUCAACGAGACCCGCAUGAGCAUCACGACGCUGCUGACGAACUACAGCGCGAGCCCACCGACACCACCGACGAUCGACCUCAAUGCCUUCGACUCUCUCAACGGCAACAUUACGUACUACGCGCAUAUGGUCCGCGACAGCUACCUCAAGUACUUUCGCAUUGCCGAGAUCGUGGCGUGCUGCGUCGGCGGCGUUGGUAUUUUCCUGAUGCUGUGCAUGCUGGUCUUCGCGGCUUGCCGUUGCAGUGGGUGCUGUCCGAUUGCGUGGAGCUGCGUGUACUUUGUGUUCGCGCUUAUAUUCGCGCUGCUUGCCGUGCUGUUCACGGUGUCCAUCUACGUGAUGUUCGCCGGCUGCGGCGAGGUGAACCUCCAGUACAAGCGUGCGCCCGGCAUCUUCCAGUGGUACCUGGUGCCGUGGUGCAGGGAGGAGUUCAACUUCCAGUCGCUGCGGGCUGAGGUGCAGGCCCAGGAGCAGCAGGUCUCGCAGAGCGCCUGCUCGGAGCUCUUGAUGUUCUGCGACAACGAUCCGGUGUAUCCGGGGACGGACGAGAACCACAUCUUCAUGUGUGGCAACAACAUCACCGAUGGGGAGCAGUGCAAGUCGCUUGACGACGUGGUGACGGUCGUUUUGUCUACAUACGUGAAGCCCAUGCUGACCAACACGCUGUGUGCGAACCGGACGAACAUGACGCAGCUGGAGAAGUGCACGCUGGAGGACUGCGCAUCGAUGUGUGUGGACUACCAGGAGCCUUUUCUGCCUGCCAAGACGUACGCCACUCAAAUUAUACAGGCUGUCAACUUUGCUGCGAAUGCGAGCACUGCGCUGUCGUACGUGUAUCCACUGCUGGAGUGCAACUUCAUCAUUGACAAGGUUGCCAACACCGUCGAGUCGCUGCAGUACGACAGCAGCUUCACCGCGAAGAACUACGAUGUACACAGCUGCUCUGCGAUCCGCACGUCCUCGGUGAUGCUGGGCACCGGCUUCUUUGUGGGGUCGCUCAUGUAUAUUCUCGGCAUCUACGUCAUGCACCGCGGUGCCUGGGUCUGGGCUGAGAGCAAGGUGCAGUGCGAUACAUCGGGAAAGAGGUCGGGCGCUUCCUCUACAGAGAAUGUCUUUGCACAUAACGCACAGGGAUCUUGA